AUGGAGAAAGCAGAAGGAAGAAAUCAAACUAUAAUUACUGAAUUCAUCCUCCUAGGAUUUGGGGAUGGCCCUGAACUGCAGCCACUUCUCUUCCUGCUGUUUCUGCUGAUCUACGUUGCAACAAUGGGCGGGAACCUUCUCAUCAUUGAGCUAGUGGUGGCCGAUCUGCACCUUCACACCCCCAUGUACUUCUUACUGGGGAAUUUGUCCUUCCUGGAGAUCUGUUACACCUCCGCCAUCCUGCCCCGGCUGCUGGCCAGUCUCCUGACGGGGGACAGAGCCGUCUCGGUGAAGGGCUGCAUUGUGCAGUCAUAUUUGUUUGGCAUCAUUUCAGCUGCAGAAUGUCUGCUGCUCACGGCCAUGUUCUACGAUCGGUACGUAGCCAUAUGCCACCCCCUUCGCUACUCUGCCCUGAUGACCAGCAGGGUGUGUGGCCAGCUAGUGGUGUGGUCCUGGAUAAUUGCCUUCCUGCUGUGCACCAUAGUCUAUACUUUCUUCUUCCAUUUACAGUUCUGUGAUUCCAAAGAGAUUGACCAUUUCUUUUGUGAUAUUUUACCCAUGAUAAAAGUGGCCUGUGUUGAUACUCAGACUGUGCAACUGGUAACAUUUAUUAUCUCUGCCAUAGGGACACUUGUUCCUUUUCUUCUGACCCUGACGUCCUACAUUUGCAUCAUCACCACCAUCCUGAGAAUCCCUUCCAGAACUGGGAGGCAAAAGGCCUUUUCCACCUGCUCCUCCCACCUCACUGUGGUUACAAUUUACUAUGGGACGUUGAUCGCUGUGUAUGUGGUUCCAACGGCCAAUACUCCUAAGGUCUUACACAAAAUACUCUCUGUCUUCUACACAGUCCUGAAUCCCAUGAUCAACCCCUUCAUCUACUGCCUGAGAAACAAGGAGGUCCAUCAGUCCCUGAGAAAAACUAUUCUGAAAGUCAUAGCUUUCAGAAAUAGGUAUAGAAAUCAAAAGAUCGAAUUGAAGUCUAUCACAAAAUAG